CUCCAUGCAUUGCGAUGAUUUUUCUAUAAAAGUCCGCGACCGCGGCGGAAAUUUCUUCACAAUGAGUUACCAAUUCUACCGUAAAACCUCCCUGGGACACAGUCUGCAGGAAAGUGUAGAAGAACUUAUUCAGUCACAACAGAUUUCACCUCAACUUGCCCUGAAUGUGCUUCUCAAGUUUGAUCGUGCCAUUAAUGAAGCAUUGUCCAACAGAUUACGGAACAAAUUCUCAUUCAAGGGUCACCUGAACACAUAUCGUUUCUGCGACAACGUCUGGACCUUUGUGCUGAAUGACGUCGAGUUCCGCAAUGGCGACUCGAUCACCGUGAAGAAAAUCAAAAUUGUGGCUGCUGACGGCAAGAACACUGCCGCAGCGGACUAAACUGACCCUCUCUACCAUGGUCCAAUUCGUGUGGUUGGUUCAACAUGGAUGACAUUCAGGAAACCGUAACUGGCUAGAGAUCGGAAUUAUUUCACACUUCCAUAGUUUUAUGCAUGCAUAAUUAACAUUAACCCAAGCCCUACCAGAUCCUUCACAAUUCUCCAGAGGUUUUGGAGGAUUUUGAAGGAUUUAGGAAGGUAGAGCCUAGCCACUAUUAAUUUACAUGUGGAUCGAUGCACCUUCGAAGUUUCAAGUACAAAUAAUGUGCCAUGGGUUUACUGCACAGUGGAGGAUUCGGGACGGUUUCUAACAAUAACACCUUGGGAGUUGGGUUUAAAUAUUGCUUAAAGGGGCAAUCUCAUCAUCAAAACUUUCUUUGGCUCAAGGAAACGGAACAGGAAAGAGCCUGCUUGUGUUUCUUUGGGUUUUUUUUAUGAGGGGGCGUGGACUAAAAAAAAGUGUAGAGUAACUGUACAGAUAUUUGGGUUAAUGUUUUUGUGUGUCCUGUUUAAUUUGACGUGCUAUAGGUUCUCAAUAUUUCUGCUUCAGUAAGACAAGAAAACUUGAUCUUGAAUUCAUUGCCAAAAAUGACUUCAAACCUUUUGGUGACCUGGGAUUCAUCAACUAGGCUGUUGGGCCAUAUGAUUUCUUGCUUUAGAACCAACAGAAGUUUUCUUUUUUUCAGUAGUGAAAUUCAGCUUUUAAAAAGAACCCUUCCACCUCUGCAGAGUUGCAAAAUAUCAGCUAUCAAACCUUUUUUUCACACCGAUUGUCAAUUACAUGCACUGCCAAAUUAUCAGUUGACAACUUGACCUCGACAGCAUGCAAACCACAAUAGUGAUGAAAUGAAAUGAUGUUCAAGAUUAUUCCAAGUGGAAAAUUGAUUUCAUUUUAUAGGAAUUUACUGACGUUUACAAGCAGUGCAAAGUAUGUAAAUACUCACUCCCCAAGCUUGACAAGUAAAUUGAGACAUCUUGUGUUGUCAGGGGUUUGGCGGAUCUUAUAUGGUAUUGAAAACUAUUUUCAUGUUAUUCAUAUCAUAACCUUUAUCAUUCGGUUAAUUUGCCUGUACCUUUUGUUCCAACUAUCUACAAUGUUCUUUUGGUUGUCCUCUCUUAAACAGUUUUGUCAUGAUCAGUGAUUAGGCUAUUAGAAUGAGUUGCUCACAAGAGUUUUGUUUGUAAUUACAGAAUACUUUUUAUUUUUAUUUUAAACGGUUAUGUUGACCACAUGCUUCUUAUUAAGACACAUUUGUAUUAGUCAUGUAUACCAGUAUUAAGUCACUUGUGUUAAUGCUCUAAAGUAGUUCUUUGAAAUUAAUCAGACCUGUUUAAAGGGCCAUGCAGUGAAUUUUUCUUAGGAACAUAUUCUGUGCUACUUUCUCCCCCUGUUAAAUGCAUGAAAACUAUUUGACAUCCAUUUUUUGGUUACUUUUAUUGAAAAGUGUACUUCUUUAAACAUUCAACAUUUUCCAUGCUUUUUCUGGACAACUGAGGGCAGUGUUGCUGUGAUGUCAUUUCAGGAAGACACUGUUCAGCUUAGGGAUUUUGUGUUCAAAUUGUGGACCCAAAAACUUGCUCGUUGAAGACAAAAGAGAAAAGUUUGCUCUUUGGCUUACUGCCAUGUACCGACAGAACGACGAAUCACCAAAGAAAAGAACAUUUACAACAGCAAAUCUCCAACAUGCAACUUGCGGUGCUGAAACAACUGCAACAUUGAGGUUUCUGCCUGGUAUGACAUCACACUUUUGCUCAUGAAUAUGGAAAUUUGCAUUAGCAUAAAAACCAAAAAGGCACCAAAAUACCUUUGAAAAUGGCAAAAAGAAAAUUGAAAGUCGGGUUAAAUGGGACACAAAGGUGCAUUUGCAAGGAUUGCAUUAAACAAAAUUACAUUGCAUGGGCCCUUUAAACGUUGUUAGGCGAAAAGACCACCAGUCAUGAGUCAUUAAACCGUUGGGGAAAACAACCCCAGAUUUCCCCAAAGUCCAACCCUGUGUGUUGGCUUGAUAUCGACACCAUUGGUUUAUGAAGGUACGUGUUACAAAUGUACUGUUGGGGACUGGCUGGACUGGCUGGCCAGUGUUUGAAUUUAAGAUUUCUGAAAAGGUUCCUAGCGUAAUGUCAUCAGCUGUGAGAGAACGAUUUUUAGAGAGGUACAGAUCAUUACCAUCAUAUUAUAUAAAUGUGGUUAGAAGUUUACUGCAAGUUGGAAAGAUAAUUUUACUGAGUCAAGAGAUUAUUGUAACAAAAGUUUGGCACAUGGAGCAUUUUUGUACAAAGUGGCCAUCAUUACAGCUUUGUACACGUGAAUAGAGCGAUAUAAAUCUAAUAAACCAAAAUUGAGAGCACUAA